AGGGUUAAUAUCCAAGAGCUGUCAAAAUCAUGAAGUUCGUGGUUAUCAUUGUUGCGUCGGUUUGUGCCAACUUGUAUUUCUGUAUGGCAGCAAAUACUUCAGGAAAUCAAGUAAGAUGAUCCACCCUUCGCUAACUUUUCACAACUUAAGUUUCUUAUUUUAUGAUUGAAAAGUUCAUUUUUUUUUUACGAUAUAGUGUAGUGUAAAGCGGUUUUCCAUUAUUACACCCGGGACUUGUUUCCGGGUUGAUUAAAAUAAGAGUGCGAGCAAAGAGUGUUGUGACUGAGUGUUAUGGAGGCCAUGAAUAAACUGUGUUCUUUUUAAGCCUUUGUGGCGGGUUUUCUGUACUACAUAUAGUCCGUGUGGUAGUAUUUGCUUGCUCUUUAAUUUCGAUAGAUAAAAAAAAAAAAUCGAUCGCGCGUCUUAAGUGUGAUCCCAAAAUAUUUUAGAGUUGAUAAUCUUACGUCGUUUUAUUUCAAAAAUUAAUACGACUGUUAAAGCCGAAUUUAUAACAAUAAUAACGUUCGAUGAAAUAGGUUAAUUUUGUUUUACAUCAUUUCUGUUUUCAUCACCAAUUGAACUGCAACGAAAAAGUUUACGCACUUUUCAGUGCCUAAAGUACACAUUCAAUAUUAUUCCCACGCGCAGCUGAUUGGAAUAAAUUCUUGAUUUUUUAGUCCCAUGACAUAAUCUGUUGACAAAGAGCAAAUUUUUGCACCAACCUUCUCACAAUCUGUUUCGAAUAGACCCCUUUUACAUUUUCCUAACGUAAAAAAUUGGUACAUCGAGGGAAAUCCACUGAACUGAAGCGAAUCCAUGGAGAUUACAAGAAGGUUUCCGAAAUGCUAUGGAAAUAAACUCCUUACUUUUUCUCCUUUUCCUUGAUUAACAGAACGCUUGCGCAGAUUCUAAGCAGCCAAUCACCGUCAAUGAUUUCGCAAAAGGAAGCCAAAAGGUAACAUACAACCAAAUUACACACUCCGACUAUAGUUCAAAAGAAUGCUGCGCUAUCCGCAUAACUUGUCAUGUGUCAUGUAUUUUUAGGGUGAAAAAGGUUUGAAAGGAGACACGGGAACCAAAGGGGACAAGGGAAGUCCUUGCCAAUGUUCCUUACAGGUAAAAGCAAUAGUUUGAAAAUGAUUGUCGUGAUUCACUGUCGCUAGAUGAUUAGUGGAAUAGCCGUUCAGCAAUUUUGUAACAGUAACCCAAAAAAUCAAUAAAUAAAUGAACAGAAGGAAAUCUUCUGAAAACUGUUUUGUUAGACGAAACAAGUCAACUUACAGGCACAAUUCAGUAGGAACUUUUCGUAUAGAACAUCAGAUAACGACUUCCUUACUUUCGGACUUAAAGAUCACUUUUCUGAAAUUACAAGCGUACGCGCGCCUCUAAUAUUAUUCUUUCUUUUGCAGAAUCCUAACAAGCCAUCUGCUCACAUCGAAGCUGCAAAAAAAUAUUAUGUUUCCUAUCAAGCCGGCCAAAGUAUUGCUUUCCUUACCAUUUUCUACACCUUUUUCCCCAACACUAAAUUUUUAUUAACAAUCACAUAGAGUCAGCCAAUGCUCAAACAACAUCGAAUCGCUUGUUUAGAUUAGCUCUUGUGUAAUGUCAUGUUAUACACCGUAGAUUAUAUGAAAAGGUAACAGCUCAUUGUUACAAACGGGGAGACAGAUCAUACAAAAACUAACUGUAAUUUAAGGAUUAGGACUCGAAACUAAUUAAUUCAUUUGUUUCUUUCGAAGUAGACUGGCGCAUUUGUAUAGAGUAAAAAUCACCCCUGUAGGGCCGGAUUGUUCAAAGCUUGGUUAAGAUAACCUAGGGUUAGGGCAAAAUUGUAAAUUCAGAUAUGGACGUUUAAAAAGUAAAUCAGUUUAACUCUUUUGUCAACAAGUUGAUGAUUGGAUGCUCUUAAAAAUAACAGAGAUAAUUAUCCGAGAAAAUGCUUUUGAAAAAAGAAAAAGAAACCAGGGUAAAAUUUAACCAUGGGUUAAGCGCUAAUUGCCCUUUGAUUAUCUGGGACUGCAGUAUUAAAACAUAACAAUGUACGUUAGUGGAAAUCGCGAAGUAUUAUCAUCAAUUUUCCUUUGACCAUACAGUAAUCAAGGACUGGUCAGUCAGCACCCCGUACAGCCAUCUUGCAGGCGGCAUGAAGUACCAUGAUGGAAAACUGACUGUGCCCACCAGUGGACGGUACUAUAUGUACGUGCAGGCCUACUAUCGUGGGAAAGGAAGGAUCGCUGUUCAUGUAAACAACAAACGCGUGACCCUGGUCCACUUCCCCUGGCCGGGAAAAGGUGACACUGGCACUGCGCUCACAGCCGGUGUUUUCAACCUGAAAUCUGGUGACGUCAUCACGUUUGCUUUGGAAUACAACUGCACAAUUUACAUGGGAGCCCAUCACACCUACUUUGGCGCUUAUUUGAUUUGA